UCUUGUUCAUCAUCAGUAAGUCAUCAAAAGCAAAUUAAACACAACAAUCAAAACCAAAACUUCAAGCUAAACACAUCCUUAAAAAAUGUCUUUGAUUCCAAGCUUCUUUGGUGGUCGUAGGAGCAACACCUUUGACCCAUUUUCACUCGACAUGUUUGAUCCAUUCGAAGGUUUCCCAUUUUCAAACACACUUGCCAAUACCCCAUCAUCUUUUCGUGAAACCUCAGCUUUUGCAAAUGCAAGAAUCGAUUGGAAAGAAACCCCACAAGCUCAUGUCUUCAAAGUAGAUGUACCAGGGAUCAAGAAAGAGGAAGUGAAAGUUGAAGUUGAAGAAGGAGGAGUUUUACAGAUCAGUGGUGAGAGAAGUAAAGAGCAAGAAGAGAAGAAUGAUCAGUGGCAUCGUAUGGAAAGGAGUAGUGGUAAGUUUAUGAGGAGAUUUAGGUUGCCUGAGAAUGUUAAAAUGGAGGGAAUUAAAGCUGCUAUGGAGAAUGGAGUGCUUACUGUUACUGUUCCGAAAGUAGAAGAGAAGAAACCUGAGGUGAAAGCUAUUGAUAUCACUGGUUAAACAAGUGUUUGCUGAGAGUCCUUGUUGCUAAUAAUGUUUGUUUCUUGAAAGUGUUUUGGUUUGUAAGGAAUUUGAGGUUUUAAUCUGAACUAUGUGUCUGUGUAAUUGUGUCUUGCUGUGGAUCUUCUACUAGCAGUUGUAAUGAAUAAUGAUUAAGAGAUUAAUGUUGUGUGUGUUAGUUAA